CCAAUCCACAUAUGGAUUAAUCAUAUACAUACGCAUUUACAAUGUUGGCACAAAACCAUAUUAAAACCUUAUUUAAACUAUCAUUCAAAUCUGAAUCAAAAAGUGAAUUGAGUAUUUGGUGUAUUAGAGAUAUAUUUUAACUGAUAUUUAAGAUAUUUGGCAAUUCUGUAAUUUGUUACCUGUCAUUGAAUUCGCUUUGUUUCUUUUCAUAUUAAAAUUCGCCGCCCUAUAAACUCGUGUGGUGCUAGAAUUAAAAGCCAUUUCAUCCACAACUGUUUUAAAAAAUACAAAUUUGAAAACAAUAUUUCUUAAAUAGUUCUUAAAAAUGGAUAAAAAUAGCGCGGCGUUGGUGAAGAAAUUGCAAUCAGAGCUAGAAGCUUAUCAAAAUCUGCAGAAAACCUGUGUGAAGUUAGUGAAACAGCGUACACUUCUUGAAUCUCAAUUAAAUGAGAACAAAUGUGUGCUGGACGAAUUAAAUCUCCUUGGUCCCGAUAAUAAAGUGUACAAGUUGUAUGGACCCGUUUUAGUGAAGCAGGAUCUUGAAGAAUCGCGACAAAAUGUUGCCAAGCGCAUAGAAUAUAUUUCGAAAGAACUGAAAAGUUCAAACGAUACAUUGGAAAAUAUGGAAAAAGAUAUGACGAAACAUCGGGAGACAGUACAAAAGUUGCAACAACAAUAUCAAGUAGCAGCGGCAAUGAAAUAAGAAUAAAUAAUGGCCACCACUAUUUGUAAAAACGACAAUUUCAUAGGAUCUAAAAGAAAUACAUAACUCAUCAAGAUUAAUGGUUGUCAGCAUUUUGAUCCGUAAUUUAAUUUAAGUAUUUUAUUAAACCUUAUAAAAAGAAAUAACUUGCGCUUGUUUUUGAAAUAUUGAAAAUAAUAAAAACAUUACCCCAAUAUGAUGUUUUUGUACAGA